UCUCCUCCACAACAACAACAACGAAAGGCCAUAUUAGCUAUCAAUCUUAGGACUUUGUCAAACUCCAUUCUUUUUCCCUUUUCCAUCUUAUUAUUCCCCAUCACUUUCUCUGCAUCGAUCCAUCUUCUCCAUAAUCCUUUUUUCUUUUUCUUUUUUUUUUUUUGUGGGUAAAUUCCCAUUUCCUUUCUCUUCUUUUUCGCAACUCCUCAACUUAAUUAUUAUCAUGGCUUCUCAUGAUAAACCAAUACAUGUACACCACUGGCUUUUGAUUGUCCAUGUGAUGGUAUCUGCCAUGGCGGUGUCCAUAUCCGCGGAUACAGAUGCCGAUGUUCUCUUGCAGUUCACGAAGCAUCUUCAAUCAAGCGGCAAUGCCUUCGAUAACUGGAACACUUCCAACCCUUUGUGCAGCUGGUCCGGUGUGAUUUGCCUCAACGGCAGCUUCCACGGAUUGAAGCUCGAGAACAAGGGACUCACCGGAAUCAUAGACAUAGAAACGCUAACGAAGUUAUCGGUUCUACGUAGCUUCAGCGUCAUGAAUAACAGCUUUCGAGGUCCCAUACCUGAAGUGAAGAAACUUCGCGGUUUAAGAUCACUGUUCUUGUCUCAUAAUGAGUUUGCUGGUGAACUUAGGGAUGAUGUAUUCAAAGGCAUGAAGUAUUUGAAGAAAGUUCAUUUGGCUAGGAAUGGGUUUAAAGGGAAGGUUCCAAAGUCACUUGCUGGAUUGAGUAGAAUAAUGGAGUUGGACCUUAGCGAUAACCAGUUUGAAGGUAAAAUACCAAAGUUUCGGGUGACUAACGAUUGGAAGGUGAUGAAUGUGUCUUAUAAUCGAUUCGAAGGUCGAAUUCCAGCGAGUCUAAGCAACGCUGAUCCAAGUGCAUUUGCAGGCAACAUAUAUUUAUGUGGGAAGCCACUUGGGCCAUGCAAGUCCAGCUCAAACAAGCGCACCAUUAUAAUCGCCGUGAUCGUUUCAGUAGCAGCCAUCUUAGCCAUCAUCGUCAUCUUUCUCUUCCUCCGAACCCGCAAAUCUCCGACCUCAAAAUCCAAACUCUCCGACCAGACAAAACCCACCAAAGCUUUCGGUACCAACGGAAAGGAGGACCGACCAUCGGUAUCAUCGGAUGACUACGUUAAGUACAAUAGGGGCACUGAAAAUGGGACAUUGCACCUUGUCAAGCACGACAGAGAGAAGUUCGAGUUAGAUGAACUGCUCAGAGCUUCCGCUGAGGUUCUGGGCAGUGGGAGUUUCGGAUCCUCAUACAAGGCUGUUCUCCUGGGUGGACCUGCCAUGGUGGUGAAGAGGUUUAGGCAUAUGAACAAUGUUGGGAAGGAUGAGUUUCAGAAGCAUAUGGAAAGGCUUGGAAAGUUGUCGCAUCCAAAUCUUCACCCUCUUAUUGCUUUCUAUUACAGAAAAGAAGAAAAGCUUUUGGUUUCAGACUUUGUUGAAAAUGGAAGCUUGGCUAGUCAUCUCCAUGGGAAAAGAGCUCCUGGGCAGGCUGGGCUUGACUGGCCAACUCGGCUGAACAUAAUCAAAGGAGUAGCAAGAGGAUUAGCUUAUCUGUACAAGGAAUUUCCCAAUCAAACCCUACCCCAUGGCCAUCUAAAAUCCUCCAACAUUCUUCUAGACCACAACUUCAACCCCAUCAUUACAGAGUACGGACUCGUCCCUGUGAUCAACAAAGACCAUGCCCAACAAUUCAUGGCGGUCUAUAAAUCCCCAGAGUUUUCUCAAUACGACAAAAUCACGAGCAAGAGUGAUGUUUGGAGUCUGGGAAUCCUGAUUCUUGAGCUUUUGACGGGAAAAUUCCCCGCGAAUUAUCUGAAAGCAGGGAAGAGAGAGAACUCGGAUUUGGCAACGUGGGUCAACUCGGUUGUGAGAGAGGAGUGGACGGGUGAGGUGUUUGAUAAGGAUAUGAAGGGGACGAAGAACGGGGAAGGUGAGAUGCUGAAGCUGUUGAAGAUAGGACUGUGUUGCUGCGAAGCGAGUGUGGAGAGGAGGUGGGUAUGGAAAGCGGCUGUGGAGAAGAUUGAAGAGUUGAAGGAGAGAGAGAGCGAGGAGGAUUAUUCUUCGUAUGCCAGUGAUUGGGAUGUUUACUCUUCCAGGGUUAUGACUGAAGAUGAAUUUUCUUUCUCCAUUGUUGGUUGAUGAUGCUGAUGAUGAUGUACAAUUAAUUCUCUGCCCCAAAAAAAAAAAAAAAAAAAAAAAGGAGAAGGUGAUGGAGAAAUUCUAUAAUGAACAGUGAAAAGUUUGAUCAGUUUGUUUGAUUUUUUAUUUAUUUUCAUUUGGUUUCAAUUGAGUAGGGAAGAAAGUAGAGGACAAAAAUUAAAGAAAGCUGUUGGCAUAAAAGAAUUUGGAAAUAAAAUGAAUAAGAAAAUAAUGAUUUUUUUUUUUUUUUGGGUGUUUUGUGUCUGCCAUUUUAUUUUUAUUACUAGUAUUUUUCUUUAUUUGCUUUCCAUUUUAUGGAAUAUGGGGUUGUAUAUUUAUGUUACCAUUAAUUAGAGAUACAAUGCAAAAGGCCGAUUAUCCUCAAUUCCAAAUGACAUUUUUUCUUCUUAAAAAAAAAAAAAAAAAACAAACAGAAGAAACAAAGAAAAAGAAAUAUUCUUCACCUAUAAAAAAUGUGUAUUUAAACAGACGAUUUACAUUUUAUAAUGGACGUUCAGAAAAAAAUAAUCAUGAUGAGGACUCAUUUCAGUUUGGGAGAGACAGUUCAGUGUACACAUAGACUCUGGGACCCACAUUUGUCAGUUUAGAGUUCAGUGUACCCAAAAAAAAAAAAAAGAAAAAAA